UUGUAUGAGAAUUGGGCUCACUGUCCACAGCCACUAGACGGCGAAACAGAGCCCGUAUCGGGAUAUCGGCUGUGCACAGUAUCUACAUUCUGAAAGAACCCAAAACCAAAGUUCACAACUCUCUCUCUAGAUGGUGUUCAGAACUCCACCUUCUUCUUCUGCUGUUUUGUUGUCACCUUCUUCUUCAGGAACUGCUCCAAAAGGUAAACUUUCCUCUUUAUUCACACACCCACAUGAACCCACAGCUUCAAAUUCCAAAUCUUCACAAAAAUAUUCGUACCCACAUAGAUGCACUUCUUCAAAUCCCGAAAUUCCACCAGAAAAGUCACUUCCCGAAGUUCCUAUUGAAACCCCACUUGAAAGAUUCUUGAAGAUUAACUGUAACUGUAAGUCCGGUAAUAUCACUCUCAGUGAAGCAUUGCACUUCUCUGAUCACAUGCUUCGUUUGCAACCAACCCCAUCGAUAUCAUCAUUCAAUCAUUUACUUGGAGCACUUGCUAGGAGUAAGCAUUAUUCUAGCGUGAUUUCACUUUGCAAAGGAAUGAAUUCAACUGGGUUGUUGCCCGAUUUUAUUACUUUGAACAUUUUGCUGAAUUCCUUUUGUAAUGAGAAUCGGGUUUGUUACGGCUUUGCUGUUAUGGGAAGUAUUGUGAGGAGGGGUUGUAGUCCAAAUACUGUGACGUAUACAUCUUUGAUUAAGGGGUUGUGCAAGGAGGAUAGAAUUGGUGAGGCCGUCGGAUUGUUUAAGAAAAUGGUCAAGUUGGGUUGUAGGCCUAGUGUGAUUACAUUUGGGACUUUGAUUAGUGGGUUGUGUCGAACAGCCAAUACAAGUGUUGCACUUAAGUUACAUGAAGAAAUGGUCAGUGGUCAAUUUGGUCUGAAGUGUAAGCCUAAUUUAGUUUGCUAUGGCGCUAUUAUUGAUGGGCUUUGUAAGGAUGGAUUGGCAGACAAGGCGAACGAACUUUUCUUGGAAAUGAAGGGCAGGGGAAUACUUCCAGACGUGGUUGUUUAUAGCUCUCUAAUACAUGGUUUGUGUUAUGGGGGUAAAUGGGAGGAGGCUAAAAGUCUGUUUACUGAAAUGGUGGAUCAAGGUGUCCAACCAAACGUGGUGACGUUCAAUCUGAUUAUAGAUGUGCUUUGCAAGGAGGGGAAGAUGAAAGAAGCAAAGGAGGUGUUAGAAUUGAUAAUUCAAAGAGGUGAGGGUCCUGACAUGUUUACUUAUAACACAUUGAUGGAUGGGUUCUGCUUGGUGGGUAGGCUUGAUGAUGCAGAGGAGCUGUUUGACUCUAUGGCAAGCAAAGGGCACGAACCUGAUGUUGUAAGCUGCAAUGUGUUGAUCAGUGGAUAUUGCAAGAAUCGAAAGAUAGAGGAAGCUAUUAAUUGUUAUAGGAAAAUGAUUCACAGGGGAGUUAGACCAACAGUUAUAACGUUUAAUGCAUUAUUAACUGGUCUUCUUAAGGCAGGUAAGGUUGGGGAUGUACAGAAGCUAUUAGGUGAGAUGGAACUUCAUGAUCUGGUACCGGAUUUAUCUACGUAUAAAAUAUGCUUGGAUGGGCUUUGCAAGAAUGAUUGUCUUCCAGAGGCAAUGGAAUUAUUUAAUUUUUUAGAAAAUUGUAAAUUUGAACCAAGCAUUGAAAUUUACAACUGCCUCAUUGAUGGGUUGUGUAAAGCAGGGAAAAUUGGAGUUGCAUGGCAGAUAUUCUGCGGAUUAUCACGUAAAGGUCUGGUGCCAACAGUUAGAACAUAUACCAUCAUGAUUCAUGGGCUCUGUAAGGAAAAGGAUUUGGAGAAGGCAAAUAAUUUGUUUUUGGAUAUGGAAGAGAAGGGUUGUGCUCCAAAUCUAGUCACGUAUAAUGUGCUUAUGUGUGGUUUCUUCAAAAAUAAUGAGUCAGAAAAGGUUGUUGAACUUCUCCACAAAAUGGCGGAGAGAGAUGUGUCACCAGAUGCCUCCACAUUCUCCAUUGUAAUAGACUUGCUUUCUAAGGAUGAAAAGUAUCGUGAAUGUCUGGAUUUGCUACCAACAUUUCAUAGGAAGAUGAGAUGAUGGAUGUUCACUAGUGAGUUUUACUUCAAAGUAAAUGGGAAAAAUAUUCAACCCUAACCAGAAGGUACAAGAUGCGAAGGCCUGUCACUGCCAUUGUCUAAACUUCCUCCACUGACUCUACUCAAGUAAAAAGACUUCAAUUAAUGGCCUGAUCAGUCUAGUUAAGCUCUUGUGGUGGCAGAUCAAAUUGGUAACAGGUUGAGUGAAGUUUGCGUUGAAAAUGACUGUACUACACAGUUUGUUUGGGCUUAUGAAAUUAGUAUCUUCCCAAUGAUCUCCUGGUGGUGAAUUGCAGCUGAUCUUCCCCAUGGGUCCAUCUCUAAAUGUCACUGCUUUUCACAAAUUUCAUUUCAACAUUACUCAAUGUUGGCUGUUGAAAGGACAAGAUCUUCGGGAGACGUACGCCACAGGAGCCAUCUAAGGUGUGAACUACUUGAGAAUUGUAUUGGAAAUAUAUGAAGUUUCUUUAUUUUCUUCAUCAAAAUUGGGAACUUCUUGUGACAUCAACAUGUAGAGCUAUACUCCAGAAAUUGAUGGGUUUUUUUG